AUGCUUCGGCUGAUUGCUUUCCUGCUUUUGUUUACUACACGGGAUCCCGGCUGUUCCUGCUGCUUGGCUGGCUACGUCAAGGUGCACUCAGGCUGGUGCCUUGGAAAGGGUUUUGGUGGGGGUUUCACGGCGGGGUGCAUCCCGGCAACCUUACCUCAUCUCAGCAACCCAUUUUGGGGAACUCGUCUUCUUCAGGCGACCAUUCGUGGGCAUCUAUCUCUCAAGGCACCGCGGAUAUCGCUCACCUUUUUGAUGGAUGCCUACUGCUCUCUGCAUGCCGGUCCAGCUAUUCCCUUAGGGUGCAGGACAUUACGCUCAUAUAUUAUGUGA